AAAAAAGAGUAUGAAUUCGAAAAGCGAACAACGCUGCACUGGCAGGUGAUUCCAAGGCAAGCGUACAACACAACGACUAACGUUUUUUGUGCGUCCCCGUUUGUGGUUGUAAAUAAGAAAGUUUACAGUGUGUCUUUUUGUUUGUUUCGAUAAGCACACUAAUUUUAAACUGCCAAUCCAAUGGGAAACGUUUCAGCACAUUUUAAAUCGCUUCGAAUAUUUUUCGUUUUGGAGCGAGAACCAGAUGAAAGAGUGUAGUGAAUUAGCAACAAUUCAAACGUACAAACCUUUUGAUGUUAUUUAUGCGGCGGACAACAAACAAAUAAAUCAGGUCCAUAUUGUACUCAAUGGCCGAUUAAGUAUAAUACAAUAUUUAAAUAUAAACGCAACGUACAGAAAUGGACAUGAGCACGUGAUGAAUCUUAAAUCACAAAUGAAAAUUGAACCAGUUCCACAUGAUAUUCUUCAAUUAAUUUGUAUGUUUAAUGAAAAUCAAGAAAAAUCCACGAUGGAUUUAACAUCUGAUUUGGAUUUAAUUGAUCGCGAAAAUAUACCCAAAACCAGAGCUGAAGGUGCACAUUCUCACGUGACUGUACAGCAUACCAAAUCGCAUUUCGUUGAAAUUGGCGAAUUACGAUGCGGCUCAGUUUUUGGAAUUGGCGAACACAUGGAAGACAGAGUCAUUGCUGCAAAACACACCGAAGUUCAAUGUCUGUUGAUUCCACAAUACUGGCUAUUACAAAAAAAGCAAAAUGCCGGAAACAUUUGGCAUCGAGCAAAACUAUUCCUUGAUUUUACAUUACCUUCACGCCAAGAAGUAUUUCAGUAUUAUUUGCAAGCGAAAAAAUGGAAAAACUUUAAGAAUAAACUGAUUAAAAAUAGCGAAAGAAUCAAACCAAUAACAAACACAACGAAGAUUGAAGACGUACCAAUUUUAUGCCGUUUAAAUGAUUCACUGUAAAACAAAACAAAAAAAAAACAACUGUUCAGCAAUAAAAACGAUGAUUUUUUUUCAAUAACA